GUCUGGUCCAACCUCUGUCUCGGGCCCACGCCCACCGGCGGACCCACUCCACGCCCGAGGCCGCAGCUGUCGAGCGUAGACCUCAGGACCGGUUCCACCCAGGACUGGACAAGCGGAAGGAGGGACUGCGAACGCCCAGGCCAGGCAGCUGCAGUGUCCUGGAAGGUCUUCUCUGGAAGAAUCUUCCUUAACCUUCCAUCCCACUGGCCACCCCAGCCAGGUCGCAGCCAGAAAAGGGCGCUGCCAGGGCAUGGCCGGGGAGCGUCCCGGGGCCUGGUUCGGCUUCGGUUUCUGCGGCUUCGGACAGGCGCUGGGCUCUGGGCGCGGGCGCCAGGUAUACAGCCCGGAGCCGCUGGAGGUGCCGGGCACGAGCCUUGACGUCUGCCGCGUGAGUGCAAGCUGGAGCUACACCGCCACCGUGACCAGUGGAGGCCGGCUGGAGCUGUCAGGCUCCGCGAGCGGCUCGGCAGGAGGCUGCAGGGACGCGUGGGCAUCGGAGGCGCUCCUCGUGGUGCUGCGCGCGGGGACAGGACCCGAUUCCGGGGCGGAGCUGCAGGCCUGGGCCCCUGGUUCGUCUCUGCGCGGGGAGCCCCUCUGGGCGCAGACCGUGGUGCUGGAGGUGGAGCGGAAGGACGGACCCGGCGGCGAUGAGACCCAGGCUGGGCCGUUGCCGCUGCUGCCCUGCGCCAGCGCCUACGUGAGCCCGCAGCCGCCCUUCUACCGGCCUCUGGCUCCUACGCUGCGGGCGCGCCGGCUGGAGCUGGGCGCUGAGCACGCUUUGCUGCUGGACGCGGCGGGCCAGGUGUUUUCCUGGGGCGGGGGCAGGCACGGACAGCUGGGCCACGGGACUCUGGAGGCAGAGCGGGAGCCAAGGGUGCUGGAAGCGCUGCAGGGCCUACCCAUGGCUGAGGUGGCCGCAGGUGGCUGGCAUUCUGUGUGUGUGAGUGAGACUGGGGAUAUUUAUAUCUGGGGCUGGAAUGAAUCAGGGCAGCUGGCCCUGCCUGCCAGGAGCCUGGCAGAGGAUGGAAAGACAAUCACAGGAGACGCCCCAGGACUGAACGAAGAUGGUUCUGAAGCAAAGAGAGCCACAGAGGGUGAGGAUGGAGGCCCCGCCCCCUUCAUAGCUGUCCAGCCCUUCCCGGCCCUGCUGGAUCUCCCCCUCGGCUCAGAUGCGGUCAAGGCCAGCUGUGGAUCCCGGCACACAGCGGUGGUGACAAGUGAGUGGGGCUGGGUAGGCUGGUUCAGGAUGGUCCAGAGGUCCCUUCACCCCAACUCUCUGGCUAGUAGCUGCAGAAAAGGGUGGCGAUUGCCUAAAAAACGACCAUUUUUUUUCUGCCACAUUCACAGCAUGUGGAAGUUCCUGGCCAGGGAUCACACCUUCGCCACAGUUUUGACCUGUGCCUCACCUACGACAAUGCAAAUGCUUAACCCACAGCACCACAUGGGAACGUCAUAAAAACUACCAUUUUAGGUGUCUUUGGCAUGUACUGAGUAGCUGCCUCACUGACUACACCCCCAUGUGGCUUUAACAGUGGCUCCCCAGCCCAUCAGUCCUCGAAGGUUCUUCUUUCUGGAGGGAGGCUCGUGUUUGCCUAUCUUUCUUCUGACAGCAGGGCCUGCCCCACCCUGCCCUGCUUCUAAGGCUCCUGAACGUAGUAGCUGCAAGUUGCAGGCCAAUCAGCCAACUAGGAACCAUGAGGUGUAGAGCAAGGAGAAGCUUUUCAGUCUGGAUCCUCUGCCACAUCAAAUGCAACUAGAUAGCUGUCAAAAAGAGAGAGGAGGAGUUCCCGUCGUAGUGCCAAGGUAACAAUCCCUAUUAGUAUCCAUGAGGACUCAGGUUCCAUCUCCGGCCUCACUCAGUAGACUAAGGAUGAGGUAUUGCCUUGAGCUGUGGUGUAGGUCGCAGAUGCGGCUUGGAUCCUGCGUUGCUGUGUCUGUGGUGUAGGCCGGCAGCUGUAGCUCUGAUUUGACCCCUCGCCUGGGAACCUCCAUGUGCCUCAGGUGGAGCCCU